GCGCGCGCCAGCUUAAGACAAGCUAGUUUUUCAUUCGUUCGUGUGAAGUGAUUUAUUUGUUCAUGUUAUGACUGUUGCUGUAAUUGUAUCACAUUGAUCAAACUCGAUAGGGAAGUGAAGUUUGGCAGACAUUUAUAGACUGGCUCGUCGUUUGGAAAACCACAUAAGGGUUUUCUUUUAUUUACCAGGCACGGGUGUCAGUACAGUGUUAUCUCAUCGGGCUUACAAGACUGGUUAGUGAUUUGCAGACCCCCUUCGAGCAGCGCAGUAGUUAUACAGCAGGCUUGAUUGCAUAGGGGGCUAGAAAAGCGCAAAAGUGCAUCGAGUUUCAUGCGCAGCCUAAUGUGCUGAAACGAACGUCGACUGCGUCUUCUACCGUACCUCUAUUAACUUCAUCAAGAACAUUAAUAUUACCUACCGGAGCAACUGCGGCUCGAAAAAGUGGCAGUGGUUAGUUGGUUCGUUUGCUAGCAGCGGUGUUGAGAAAUCACGCAAAAGUUAGUUGAUCGCGAAAGUUCGACUAGAACAGAUAUCUGUUCCGUGUUGCGGAGAGCUCGUGGUAGCUGGAAGUUGGCUCAUUCUUUUUAGUUUAGUGCUACUGGUGUUGAAUAUGAAUAAGUUUGUGAUAAUUAUCAGCCUUAUCCUGGUGCUGAGCAGCAUUCAUGUGCCACCAACGGAAGCCACCGUGGUCCGACUAUUCACAGAAUUGCUACAAAACAAUGUGGCCGGCAUCCCACUGAUCCACAAGACCGAGGAGUUCGAUUUUGACCCGGAGGUUAGCAAAAAGCGCCGCGAGUUGUACUAUGAGCAACACGGUUACCGCGGUGAAAAGGCGAUCCAACGAGUGGGCCUAGGAAUUGAUGGGCGGCACCGGGAACGGUUGGAAUACCAACGUAUACGUGACGAAGGACAUUUGAACGGGUUGAAUAACCUGAAGCCAUGACAAGAUGGUGGAUACAAGUAGUUAAUAGUGUCCGAGAUGCUGAAAGACUGAUGGAUGGAGUGAGAAAUGUUAUAAUGUGAGAGAAACGUUAAGAUGUCGGUGCAUACGCGGAAUAUGAGAAGUUAAUUUUUAAGAGUAAGAUAUGCAGGUCUAUUUGGAUGCUUUGAUUAAUUUAUGUUUUAGAAAUUAAGUCUAUUCUCGUCAAAUAUGUUAUGAAUAAAAAUUGUUGUAUGUCUA